CUUCUUGCUAACAAUAUCAAAACGCAAAAUCAAUAAAACCAAACAAACAUGGUCUUAAAAUCACCAGAAAAAGAAUCACCGGAGCACACCUCCGGCUCACCAAAACGAUUAUCUCUGGUCUUCCUUUUGUCCUUAUCAUCCUUCAUGGAUCUUUGCGCCAAGCACGCAAACCGCCUCUCCAUCAAGCUGAAGACGACGGCGACCAAGCCCAGUAACCACCACCAUCCCCACCACCACGAUGGCAAUAAAAGUCCAAAACUGCAAUCCCUGAAAUUGCCGCCGGUCCGGCCUAAGCAGCUGCUAACACAAAUAAGCAAUAAAGCAAUCAAGUUAAUUCACCAUAAGAAAAGAGUAGGAGACGGAAACGAGGCCGUUGAUAUUGUUGCGCCUGAUGAGUUCGGAGAUGGUGGGGUCUGGCAAAAGGAGAUCUUGAUGGGGGAUAAGUGUCAGCCGUUGGAUUUCUCGGGUGUGAUUUAUUAUGAUGGUACUGGGAAGCAAAUUAACGAAAUCCCUCUUCGGUCGCCGCGCGCUAGUCCUUCACCUAGAUACUUGAUUCGAGAAAAAAUGAAAUACUAAUAAAUAAAAGUUUUAUAAAAUUUGUUGUUCUCGUUUUUUAAUUUUAAAGUUUUGGUUAAUCCUUUGUUUGGGACUAGUAGUUUAAUUGCUGUGGCUAGUCUUAAAUUGGUGAUGCUAAACUAAAGGCAGUUAGAGGUAAGUUGCUAUAUUAUGUGACUGAAGUUUCUUAUUUUCAUUUUUGCUUAUAGUUUUUCUUAACUUCAACUCUCAUUUUGUACCCAAGAAGAAAAAAAUUGUAUAUCCUUAAUAAAAUAUAAGAAAAUUAAAAUA